GGCUGUAUACCCAACGGAAGUCGUAGAAGCCCAAACUUAAGUAGUGGUCGAAGGCCCAUAUAUGUCGGGGCUUUCGACUCUGAAACCAAAACUGUAUGGCUGGCGCCUAACUGCUGUUCCAUCAGUGAUCUAUCUCCCUCAAUCGUCUAGGGUUUAUCGAGGGAUUUGAAUUCCACCAAUCGAAGGCCACCCCAAUGGCGAAACCAGCCAGACGUCGCCCGGCGUCUCCGUCGGGGUCGGAUUCUGGCUCUUAUUCCCGGUCUCGUUCUCGUUCACGUUCAAUUUCUCGCUCUCGUUCACGUUCCUACUCGGGCUCAGACUCGCGCAGUUCGCGCUCACGCUCUCGCUCAAGAUCCUUCUCCUCAUCUUCCUCUCCUUCUCGUAGUGGCAGCUCUCGCAGACCUAGCCCUGCCCCUCCACGGAAAAGUCCUGCUGAUGGAGUUAAGCGAGGACGUUCACCACCACCACAGAAUAAGAAACCUUCCCCACCUCCAAGGAAAGCCUCUCCUGUUCCUGAAUCUCUCGUGCUGCAUGUUGACCAGCUUAGUAGGAAUGUGAACGAACACCACUUGAAGGAGAUAUUUGGUAAUUUUGGUGAAGUGGUUAAUGUACGGCUGGCAAUUGAUCAUGUGGUUAACCUUCCUAAAGGAUUUGCAUAUGUUGAGUUCAAGAGUAGGGCUGAUGCUGAAAAAGCUCAGUUAUAUAUGGACGGUGCUCAAAUUGAUGGCAAAGUUGUUCGAGCCAAAUUCACAUUACCUGAGAGAAAGAAGGUUGCGUCUCCUCCUAAGGCUGUUCCCUCCACAUCGAGGAGAGAUGCCCCGAAAUCUGAUGAUGCUGCAGCAGAUGCUGACAAAGAUGGUCUAAAGCGGCCCAGAGAAGUGUCGCCUCGCCGGAAGCCCCUCUCCCCGCCUCGAAGGAGAUCUCCUGUAGGACGAAGAGGAUCUCCCAGACGCGAGCCAGAUUCUCCUCCCUUACCUCGUCGACGUGCAGAUUCUCCUGCUCGACGCAGAGCUGAUUCUCCUUAUAGACGAGACUCCCCACUUCCUAGGAGAAGGCCUCCCUCCCCACCCAGAGGUCGUUCACCCUCCUCGCCUCCAAGACGUUACCGGUCACCUCCAAGGUUGAGGGCAUCUCCAAGGAGGAUGCGUGGUAGUCCUGUUCGCCGACGUUCUCCACUCCCACCAAGACGACGUUCUCCAAGGCGUGCUCGAAGUCCUCCAAGAAGGUCUCCUGUUGGCCGCCGACGCAGCCGCUCUCCAGUUAGGAGGCCAGCUCGCUCGCCAUCCCGAUCGCCCUCUCUAAGAAGAGGUCGUGGACCACCUGCUAGACGUGGUAGAUCAUCUUCUUAUUCUUCGUCGCCUAGCCCACGGAAGGGCCCACAAAGGAUCUCAAGGAGCCGUAGUCCUAGAAGGCCUAUGAGAGGAAGAAGUCCCAGCAGCAGCAGCACCAGCAGUUCUCCUCCUCGUAAGCCUUGAUUACAAAUUUAUGAACCAAGAAGAUAGUGAUUUUGGGGUGUUGCCCCGGUAGAGGAGGCAGAAAAGGAGUUGUUUGGCACUAGAGUUCAUGGCUAUCUAAGAUAUCUGUACCAUUUUUGGAUGAGGUAGCUAGACAGUACAUUUUACUGGUGGUGCAUGAACUUGUACUUGAAUGUUUGUGUGACCGAACUUUGAUACCCGCUUUAUCUGUACAUUUGCCAACCAUCCCUGUUCAUGUUCAGUAACUGGGGAAGCUUGCUAGAUAUUUAUUUUGUUGUGAGGUUACUCGGACA